AUGGUCACAUCCACAUCAAUUGGCUCCAUAACAUGGUCUGACCACGCAGACAUCACUCUGCAAAUCACAUUACCCAAUAUGGCUAAAACCUGGUCCUGGCGACUCAACCCCACCUUAUUACACAACCCGAACAUCAAGGAAGCUAUCAAGGACUACUUCGACCUGAACAAGGACUCUGUCUCCACCAAAAGUUCCUUGUGGGCCGCUCACAAGACAGUCCUCAGGGGCAUACUAAUUACCCUGGCUUCUAAUUACCCUGGCUUCGCACUCCUAGAGCAAACACUAACAGAACUACGCACCCUGGAGACUAAACUCAAGAGCAAUCCCACCCCAGAACUCAACGUGAAUAUCUCCAAAUACCAAAAUACGAUAAAAGAAUUUAUGGCCAAAGACUCCAUAAAAGUCCUCCAAUGGACCUGGCAGCUAUAUUAUGAAACGUCCAACAAGGCAGACACACUCCUCCUAGCUCACAAACUUAAGCGCAGAUAA